CCGUCAAGGCAUAAAUCAUGGGCACGGACAAGGCAUAAAUAUGCCAUAUAUAGUGAUCCUUAAUCAGUUGCACAAAUCAGUUGAAAAAAAGGCAGUGACAAAAUAGAUCGCAUUUAUUACGCAUACGUCACGUGGCACGAAAAAAUACAUAAUUAAAAUCCAACUGUUUUCGCCCGUUCGCAUAUUCAUUUAAGCAUAACUGAUGAUAUUUCGAUCGUUAUGCUAGUCGCAUUUAUUACAACAAGUAGCCGAAAACAUUAAAUGCCCGUUCAGUUUCCAAAUGGACAUGAACGAAAUCUGUCGGAGUCGCUUCUUAGUUAUCCUCUGGCUUCUGGCCAAUUGGUCAUCUGUACACGCAGUACGCCGAUCGCGCUACGUGCUGAAGUGGUCCAGCUUUGAUUGCGUGAACUUGUGGCCCAUUAUCAGCAACUUCAGCUGUCGCAUUCAGGACGAUGGCAACCUGAGCUCCGACAUCCAGGUGACUGAGCCCAUUAAAGACGUGUGGGUUAAGUAUAAGCUGGUGGUGCCACGCCCAAUUCAAAAGACCGAAAUGGUGCUAUUCGAUUCAGCAUUUGAUGCCUGCAAGGUGCUGCGUGAUGGCGUCAUGUGUAAUAAACUGGCGUACCUCGUCUAUCAGAACAUGAUCAGAAACAGCAAUCUGGCAAAAGUGUGUCCCAUCAGUGAGGGCCUGCUGUAUUUCCAUAACAUAUCUGGUGUGGAUCAGUUUCCAGCUUUUAUGCCCGAGAUGGAUUUUACGCUUUCUAUACUCUUCUAUAAGCCGAAUACAACUUACGGCAUUAAUACAACGCUUAAGGGCAGCCUUUUUGAGACGAAUCGACAGCGUCAGAAGUUUUGGAAUUGAGUACAGAUGUACAGAUUUCUAAAAUACAACCAAAUUUUCAAUUUCGUUUUCAUAUCGAUAUCAAUCAUUGUGUAUUGUGAUUCAUUCGAUGAACUUGUUUGCGCUGACUUUAUAUAGUCACGCCAGUUAGCAGCAUCAUCAUGAUCAUCAUCAUCAUCAUUAGCAUCGGCAUCGGCAUCAUCAUCAACGCCUUUAGCACUGCUGACCUCAAAUGUCAAUUGUUGCCAGUGAAGUCGCAAUUGUGAGCUUUUGUUUUGUUAGCAGCCUUGGCCUUACAUAGAACGAAACGAAAACAAACGUUUCAUGACUUAUCGUUAUAUAUCUUAUUGGUCUGUUCACACAGAUCUAUCAUAAUUAUAACGGCACUAUGUAAAAGCAGCUAUUAAUAAGCUUAACAGCUGUCGCCGCCCCUAGGUACCGCCCGCCCAUUCACAGAGAUUCUGCCUGACAUUGCAAGACUAUAAAUAAAACACAAGUCUAACGACAAAACAUACUUAUGAGUACAAUAGCAAUAACAAAAUACCCGUUAGCUCGGCCUGGCCCCGUCUGGGGGUCUGUUAGAUUAAUUGCACAUUGAUUACAGACAAUUGCAAUGUCAACGAGCCGCGCCAAACGGAAAUACAAAACGCUAAUCGCGCACAAAACGCCAGUAAAACGCUUCAAAGUCGCGCGCCAGCCGCCUACAAUUGAAGCCGCGAAUGCGGAAGUAGUCCGAGUGCGCGUUUGUACGGCAGAAAGACAGGAAGGGAGGAAGAGCGAAAGAGAAAGAGAGCGACACCACCCAGCAGAACUUUUUACAAUGUACAUAGGCAUUCAUAACGCUGCUAACGAUCACUAUUAAACGAUGCUGCUGUCAUGUCCGCGAGUUCUGCUGGGUGGUCAAGUGCAGCCCAGAGGCGAAGGUGAGAGAAUCGCUGGCAGUGUGUUGCCUAUUGUUGUUGCUAAUAUAACGAACGACGCUGCUGAUCCUAAAGGCUACACAGCAUGCUCGCAAGUACGGCUGGGGAACAAGUGCAGCUAAAGGCGAAGGCGAGAGAAUCAGUGUCAGUGUGUGCCUAUUGUUGUUGCUAAUAUUACACAAUUUACAGUAAUAAAGUGGAAGCUGAUAGCACAGUUUGUCUUUCAGCAUAAUUGUGAA